AUGGCAAAUCUCGAUACAGACGGCCACUCCGUCACUCACUCCUCAGAUCGAACUGGAUCCCCGGAUCUACGGCUGAUCCACUACAAUGAUGUUUAUCACGUCGAAGCCGGCUCUGCAGAACCCAUUGGCGGGAUAUCUCGAUUUCAAUCCCUCGUGAACUAUUACCGAUCUCACCCGCAAUUUGCCGGGCAACCCGACAUCCUGACCUUCUUUUCCGGUGAUGCUUUCAAUCCGAGUAUCGAGAGUACAAUCACAAAAGGCAGACAUAUGGUACCAUUUCUCAACACAGUUGGCACCGAUGUGGCAUGUGUGGGAAAUCAUGACCUUGAUUUUGGAGUCGCACAGUUUCGGCAUCUUGCGAGUCAAUGUCAUUUCCCGUGGCUCUUGGCCAAUGUUCUUGACCCAGCACUGGGAGACGAUGUGCCAAUCGCCGACUGCGGUAAGACCCGCUUAUUGACAUCAUCGAACGGGAUCAAGGUUGGCGUGUUGGGUCUAGGAGAGAGAGAAUGGCUCGGCACAAUCAACGUACUUCCGCCUGAUCUGAUUUACAAAUCUGCAUCUGAAACGGCUCGAGUACUAGCUAAGCAGCUUCGAGAACAAGGAGCCGACCUCGUCGUCGCUGUCACCCAUCAACGCGAACCAAACGACCAUAAAUUAGCUAGCAAUUUAUCGCCCGACCUGGUUGAUAUCAUUCUCGGGGGACACGAUCACUUUUAUGCGCAUUCCGUCGUCAAUGGAAUUCAUGUUUUACGAUCAGGGACUGACUUCAAACAGUUAAGCUAUAUUGAGGCCUUUCGCAAACCUGGUGGAACAGGGUGGGACUUCAACAUUGCGCGGCGAGAUGUAGUUCGCUCAAUUCCGGAGGACCCGGAUACGGUGGCAUUGGUGGCUCGGCUUACAUCCAGCCUCAAGGCUAAAUUGGACAAGCCGAUUGGGUUCACUGUCAGUGCCCUCGAUGGCCGUUUCUCUACUGUGCGCCAGCGUGAAUCCAAUCUGGGAAAUUUUGUUUGCGACCUUAUGCGCUUCUACUACGCUGCUGACUGUGCCAUGAUGGCGGGUGGCACCAUUCGCGGGGAUCAAAUCUAUCCACCUGGGAUUUUGAAACUGAAAGAUUUGUUGAACUGCUUUCCUUUUGAAGACCCGGUUGUGCUGCUGAGCCUUAGUGGCCAGGCAUUGCUAAAUGCACUUGAGAAUGGGGUUAGCCAGCUCCCUGCACUCGAGGGUCGAUUUUCGCAAGUGUCAAACAUCAGCUAUGGGUUUAAACUCGCAGCGCCUUCGGGUUCGCGCAUCACAUUCGUGCGUAUCGGUGGUGAGCCUAUUGAUUUACAACGUAAUUAUGUUCUCGCGACUCGUGGAUACAUGGCGCGAGGUAAAGACGGAUUUUCUUCUUUACUUGUCCAGUCCGAAGGAGGGGAGGUGGAGGAACUUGUUGAUGAAGAGAACGGUGUUCUUAUUAGCACUAUUCUACGCCAAUACUUCCUGAGUCUGAAGGUACUUGGUAAAUGGAAUCGCUGGAGUGCCAGUCUCCGUCGACACUGGGGUACUGUCCAUCGUAACCUACAUGGUGAAGGGUGGCUGAAACCGCCAUCUGCCGCGACAUCUCCCAAGGCCGAGAAACCCCCAGUCAAAAAAUUAGGGUCACGGCCUGCUCUUAAGCGGACAAACCACACAGCAUACUAUUACGGUCGGUUCCCUGAAGAGCUUGGACAGGAUAACAAGGGUCUCACUGGAAAUGAGACCAAUGGCGAUGCCAUGGACUCUGAUUCCGACGAGGAUCCAGAUAUCCUGACCUCAUCGCAACCAUUCACCAACUACGUGACUUUUCCCGCGCAGUCCUCUGCUGAAGAAGAGCAUCGCUUGCAAAUUGCGCGACGCGUUGUUCGGAAAUGGAUGCGGCAUGCGGGACUACAACCUACAACUCUGAAUGCCAUGGACGGUGAAGGCGAAUUCACCCCAGCCUGGACGUCGGGGAUCUCUCCUCGGCUGGAGGGACGAAUUGUGGAGGAAUAG